AUGGAGGAUGAUCAGCAGAGUAAGAACUGCACAGCAGAUAAUCUACCACUGUGUAAUUUCUACGCCUCAAUGAUGAUUGUGGAAUUCUUCUUGGCUCUGCCGCUAAACCUCUCAGUGCUUUAUCUUUCAAUAUUCAAGAUGAAGUUCUGGAAAUCUAACAGCAACAAGGGGAGCGGCGGAGUACAGAGGGAGGAACCUGCAAAGCCAUGCUCUUCAUGCUGUUUCUGAACCGAGGUGCCAGUAUCGCCUUCCUGACUGUGAUUUCAGUUGAUCGUUACUUCAAUGUGGUUCAUCCUUGGAAAAAGAACUUUGCCAAGACUUUCAAAAAGUCUCCUCAUAUCUCUGUCAUCAUCUGGCUACUACUGCUCCCCCUGACUAUCCCCACCAUGCUGAAGACCUCUGAGUGCUGUAACAGUUAUGGGCGUAAAAAUGACACUCUGGUCGAGGACGUCACUGACACUCUGAGAGAGGUUGUGUUUUUCACCCAGAUUCUCAUCCCUUUCUUUGUGUUGGUCUACUGCACGGUCCACAUUGUCAACAGACUCAAAAAGAAGACAGUAGGGAAGAAGACCAAGCUGCGUCGAGCAGUGUUUCUGGUCACCUCAGUUGUCUUGGUCUUCUCUUUCUAUUUCCUGCCUUGUACCAUAGCUAGAAUGGUUCUGUUGAUUGUGAGAGUUGAGAAUUUACCCAGAGCAGAAUAUAUAGUUGUUCAAGUAUUUGACAGUCUCAUGGAUUUAUCCUACAUGGAUUGUCUAGUGGACCCAAUCGUGUACUGCUAGCAGCACUAAGUUCAAAAGCCUCUCUCUACCUGACAACAUAUUGCCCCUGUCUAAAAUUAGGUGAAAGCACAAACUCGGUAGGAAACAACUCAAAUCCAAAAUGCAGCAACAAUGUAAUGCAGCAUAGUAGGUAAAAUACUUAUUUUCAAAAAAAUUGGAAAUUAAAAUUACAGUUUAUGACUGCAUUACUACUGUUUGUUCUCAUGAUGAGCCAUUCAUGUUAGUUUGCUAAACCAGACUGUGAUUCACUACUUGUUUAUAUAUCGUCAUCUGGUUUCUUUAACCAGUGAUGUCAUCAUGUUAAACAACUCAUAAUGACACUGUUGUUGCUAAUUGUCUGGGUCAAAUAAAUAUUCCUCUUAAGUUAUGUUUAUUUAUGUGUUACUGCAGUACUACUACUACUACUCUUGAUGAGGCCAAUGUUUAUACUUUUUUUAUAGUGUGAGAGUUUUUUUUCUUCUAAUUGUACAUACCUCUCCUUUAUGAUUUUAUUAUUUGAAGUUUAUCAAAAUAUUUUCUGAGCUUCUGUUAUUAUACCAUAUACAUUAAAAUUUUUACAUUUUAGUCAUUUAGCAGACGCUCUUAUCCAGAGCGACUUACAGUUAGUGAGUGCAUACAUUUUUAAUACUGGCCCCCCGUGGGAAUCGAACCCACAACCCUGUCGUUGCAAGCACCAUGCUCUACCAACUGAGCUAUAGGAGGGAGCUAUACUGCAGACGUGGUCAUCCAUACUUCUUACCAUGGAGUGAAUGUGUCAGAACAGGACCCGCCUUAGGCAGCCAUCCAUCUCCUGCGGGAGGUGAAGCAUAAACGUUUGAUCUCUGAUUGGACCUCUGUGGGUUGGCAGAGAGAGAAGAGGUAUCUACUCCAGCAGCCAGAGCAGGGAUCAGGCCCAGCCACUGGGCAGAGAGAGAGGGGGAUAACAGCUGUCCUGCUGAUGAGAAACAGAGAUGGACUUCAGGUGGAGGAUUUAAAAGGUUAAAUUCCUAAGAGACUGAGGAAAAUACUAGGUCUUGUUGUUACAAGGAAGCAUCCCCCAAGAGCUCCUCCUUUAGUCAACACAGCACUUUUUCUUUAUAAAAAAAGAGAACAAAAAAACAUUAAUUGUCAAAGCCUUUAACUAAAUAGAACUGUAAAACAUUGCAUGGUACAAAACACUACUUCAAUAAUGUAAAUAAACAUAAUUUAAUAAACAAUCAUUAAUAAAACAAAAAAUGUGCUUGUAUUGCUUUUCACUGUGGAAUUAAAUAAGUAACUGAUGAGCAUCUCACAAAAUUGUAUUUUUAGUAACUUGGCCCGGUGCCUUUAGCUCUGUAAGUAAAUGCACUCAACUGAAAUAUUUAGGUUACAUUCCUUGACAGUUUAAGGCAGGACAUUGACAUCUGCUCUUUUUAUGAAAUAUCUACAUUGGUCAUUUCAUCGGAUAAUCACAUUUCCAUAUAAACUAUGUGUGAAGGAGAGCCUCCACUAUGGACUAAAUUACUAUUUUUAAAUAUAUGGAUUCAAAGAAUUUAUUGCCAUUUUAAACUAUAGCUUAUUGUGAUGCAAUGUUUUUUUUCUGUAUCGAUUCAUUUAAUCUAUAACCUGCGCUUUCUAUCAUCUCCAACCAUUUCCUGUUGUAUUGCAUUGCUCAUUGUAUUGCCUAAUUGGUGGGAGUGGCUAAUCGGCACAGGUGCCUUCAAUGUGUAAUCGGGGCCUGUGUUUCCUGACUGUGUGGAAGAGACAUUUGUUUUAGCAACCAGCCAUGUGUGCUUAAUUUGUAAGUCUGCAGUUUCUUGAAUAAAGGAAGUACUUUUAACUUUAUUUCUCAGUUCCUCUUUUAUGCCGUUUAGAUGACAAGGUAUCGGCCAGUCUGUCACACUGUCUAUAGUCUUUAUGGGGCUUGCCGUGUCAUGAAUGUUUUUAGAUCAAACCAAGAUAUAGAUUCAUGCCUGCUUCUGUUCGUAUGGAUAAAGCCUUAAGCCACACCACCUGAUUUUCUGUUCCUGUGGAUAUGAGAUAAAACCAAGAGUUUGCACGUAGAGUCCUUACAUUUUUAUUCAUGCUCCUGUGGUGGACACAGAAAGAGAAACAUUAUUUAUCUUUAUUCAAAAGGGGAAAAGGCUGGUCUUGCCGAGUUCUGUAGUUCUGGCUGAAGAACAAUGGAUGCGGUCCAUCUUCAGAACACAUCCUCAAACACUGAGUUCGAUCACUGCAACGAGGGGAAUCAGAUGAUAUACAAAGUCUUCUCUUCAGUGAUGAUCGUGGAAUUCACUCUGGCCUUGCCUCUCAACCUGUCAGUGCUCUACAUCUUCCUCUUCAAAUUCAAAUUCUGGAAAACCAACAGCAUCUUCCUUUUCAAUAUUGUGGUGGCAGAUCUUCUGCUGGUGAUAUGCUUGCCAGCCAAAGCCUAUCACUUCCAGCAUGGACUAAGCCAAAGUGAGAACAACCUGGUCUGUAAGGCCGUGCUCUUCAUGUUGAUUUUGUACCGAGGGGCCAGCAUCGCCUUCUUGACUGUGCUGUCCAUCGAUCGUUACUUCAAUGUGGUUCAUCCUUGGAAAAAGAACUUUGUCAAGACUUUCAAAAAGUCUCCUCAUAUCUCUGUCAUCAUCUGGCUACUACUGCUCCCCCUGACUAUCCCCACCAUGCUGAAGACCUCUGAGUGCUGUAACAGUUAUGGGCGUAAAAAUGACACUCUGGUCGAGGAUGUCACUGACACUCUGAGAGAGGUUGUGUUUUUCACCCAGAUUCUCAUCCCUUUCUUUGUGUUGGUCUACUGCACGGUCCACAUUGUCAACAGACUCAAAAAGAAGACAGUAGGGAAGAAGACCAAGCUGCGUCGAGCAGUGUUUCUGGUCACCUCAGUUGUCUUGGUCUUCUCUGUGUGUUUCCUGCCUUCUACCAUAGCUAGGAUAGUUCUGUUGAUUGUCAGAAUCAAGGAUCUACACAAUGCUGAGACCAUAGCGGUUCAGAUCUAUGACAGUCUCAUGGUUUUAUCCCACAUCGACUGUUUGCUGGACCCACUGGUGUAUUGUUUCUGCUGCUCAGGGUUUAGAGAUGUGUACAUGUCAAAUUUCUGUCCCUUUCUAUUGAGCAAUAGAAGAUCCAAUAGUUCCACAGUCACAGAUGAACAAAAGGUGACCUCUCCCCCGCUGCGGGACAAACUGUGA